CUAAUUAAAGAGGGCCUGACAUGGAGGACUACGAUGAAGAGCAAAUGUGUUCUGGCAUUGGUGCUGGCUUGUUCUCGGCAUGAUUGCGUUGCGUUGCAAUCGGGCAACGAGGAAGAAGUUUUGUCAAUUGCUCGCAACCAUGCCUGGAAUGAUGCAAUGACACAGAAAUCUGGUGAUCUGCUCAAGAAGAUCAGCGAUGAAACAGUCAGCAUUGCACAGCUCCGUCAGGAUAUUUGCGAUGCCAACACAGGAAUCAUUCGAGAACUGGCAAAAAAAGCAGAUAUUUCGGUUGCUGGUGGCAGGACUGCCAUGGAGAUUGCAAGUGAUGGUGCUGCUCUGGCUAAACGUUGCAUCCAGGAAAGAGUUACCAUGUCUCACUCUUUGGAGUUGCUCGCUGUCUUCUAUGAAUGAGCACAGUACCUGAGAGCUGAGUUCAGAGGUUGUGCUUAUCGCCAAAGCAUCGUACGGGAUGAGCUUUCUAGAACAAAAGUGGUUGCACUUCAUCCUCUGAAGCUCCUGGAGCUUUUGCCACCGCCAGAGCCUGUUGCUGCUGAAGAAUUAAAGAGAAGGCUGACGAAAAAAUAUGGAGGCCUCGAGCAAAGUGAUUACGUCACAUACAAUGGAUCUGUUCACUGUGAACAGAAGCUCCCUCCUGAAUAUAUCGUCCGCGGCAUUAGCAAGCUACCUUGCUUCUUGUGUGCCUUCCUCCUUGAAACAGUUGGCUCGCAUGGUAAACUCGUGGGGAACUUUCAGUGGCCUGAUAGUGUGUCCCGGGAGACUCUUCAGAGCUUCAUUCAGGUUAGUUUUGCUCUGCAGUUCUAAAAUUCGCUCAGUUCUUGUGUUCAGUUGGCCCGUCAGCUCGUGAAU